AUGGUUGCUGUUCCUCCUCACAUCCUGCGAGCUAUCUCGAAGAGUAAAGCAGCAACUCCUGAGCACCGAGAGAUAGCACGAUCAUCUCUUGCACACACAGAACAAUUCUUGAAAGACUGCCAGAAGCGUCGGGAGCAGUUUUUGAAAACGUACAACCAAGUUCAGAGGCAGAUGAUUGUUCCUCCUGAACUCUUUCGGAAUGUCAUCGCUUCAGAUCAAGCCGACAGUGCUCAGCGUACAAGGGCCAAACAAGGCCUUGACCAUCUUGAAACCAUUAUCGGAAAAGUCAGAGGGGCACAGCAGGCGCUGGGCUCUUCGCAGUCCACGGAACCCGGCACCUCAUAUGCUGUCUCAUCGCUAACUGCUACGAACGACCCUCCUUACCGUGCUGUAUACGACAUACACGAGAGUUCAAACGAGGGUGAACUCCCUGGUGACCUCAUUCGUGACAACGGGAAGAAGGAAGCUGAAUCAACCAAGCCAUCUUCUGAUAAGGCUGUCAAUGAGGCUUUCGACAACGUCGGACUUGUCUUGGGUUUCUACAAAAAGUUCUUCCAAUGGCUGUCAAUCGACAACAAGGAUAUGGACGUCAUCAGUACUGUUCACUUUGGUAAACAAUACGAAAAUGCUUUCUGGGACCCAGAAAAGCUUCAGAUGGUCUUCGGCGACGGCGGCGAGUUUCUCAACAACUUUACCGGAUGCAUCGAUGUCAUCGGCCAUGAGCUCACACACGCAGUUACAGAGCACACAAGUCCUCUUGACUACUAUGGUCAGGCCGGUGCUCUGAACGAGCAUGUCUCGGAUGUGUUUGGCAUCAUGGUCAAACAAAGAGUUCAGGACGAGAAAUCGGAUGUUGCAGACUGGCUAAUUGGUGAAGACUGCAUUCUUCCUGGAGUCAAGGGCACUGCUCUGCGAAGCAUGAAGGAGCCUGGAACUGCCUACGAUGAUCCCGUUUUUGGCAAAGAUCCGCAGGUUGGACACAUGAAGCAAUUCAGGACAACAUAUGAGGAUAACGGCGGAGUCCACAUAUAUUCCGGGAUUCCCAACAAAGCGUUCUAUCUGGUUUCUGUGUCGUUCGGAGGAUACUCUUAG